AUGGAGACACUUACACCAACUGAAAAGAUACGUCUUACACAAGCAUUCAAUACAUUCAAACCACUAUGUGAUCAACUCAUAACAACUAUAUCUGAUUUUAAAAAGUAUAUUACUACUAAUCAAGAUGACAGAGGUAGUAAUAAGAACAAGAUAAACAUUAAAGAAGUUGAAUCAAAUAUAGUGUAUCUGAUAUCAAACAUAUCAUUUGCAUUGGAUAAAUAUGAAUCAAAUGUAUUGUGUUAUCUAAUCGAUUAUUUGUACAUACCGAUGGCUCUCAUUAUCAAUUCAUCUUCAUCUCCCCUUCCAAGGGGUAAUGAUAAUGAUCGUAGUAAUAGUGACAUUAACAACAAUAUACUUGCAAGAGAUAACGUCAAGAUUCAAGUAUUGUCACUCUUACUCAAACUUGUAACAAAAUUGAAUGGUAUUCAAGUUGCUCAACUCAUUGAUAUGGUAAAUACAAUGACAACUAUUAUUCAUACUUCUUCUUCUUCUUCCUCUUCUUCAACUGAACAUAAACAACCACAACAACAACAACAACAAAAGGAAUUAAUAAUAUACAAGAUAUCAGAUGAAGUAAUGGAAAAGGUAUUAGAAAUAAUUGGAGAAUUAUUUAAAUUGGCAACUAGAGCAUGGAUAAUUAUGGAUGACUCUAGUUCUAGUUCUAGUUCUAGUUCUAGUUCUAGUUCUACUGGUAGUCAGUAUCCAUUGAUUGUAGAGAAUAUACAAAACUAUCAACCGAUGGCAUUCACAAUAUCGACCAUUCUAGACAUUCUCUUGGCCAAAUCAGUAUCACGUACCAUCAAACUGUCGGCAGUGUCAACUUUGACUGCCAUCCUCUCACCUUAUAUCAACCACCCCAAAUCGUUUAAAUCAACUCUUCUCUCACUGUUUCCAGCCACAAUUACAACUCUCUAUCGAGUUGUCAUUAGUGAUUAUAAACUUGGUUCAAAAUUAAAAAUAGAAUCAUUAAAGUUAUUUACGAAUUUGGUCAUAUCAACAAUGGGUCGACAAGAAGAAGAAGAAGAAAAGGAAAAUGAAAAAGAAAAAGGAGAAGAUGUAAUAUUAAAAUACUUGUCAUCUGAUAUGUUGACAACUAAUAAUAAUAAUAGUAAUAAUAAUAAUAAUUCACAACAACAACAAAAAAAGAAUAAUAAUAAUUUAGAUCAAGAUAAUAUUGCAAUUAAAAGUUUACAUAAAUUUUGUUGUAGUAUAUUUCCAAAUUCUGGAUCUUAUUCAAAAUUAAAAAGUCAACCUUUGAAACAACAAUUUGAUCAACAACAACAACAACAACAUUAUCAACAAGAUCCAACACCAUCAUAUUUGAACAAAUCAACUUUAAAAUGGAAUAUAAGAGAAGAGAUGGUUAAAUCAGCCUAUAAAAUACUUGUACAUUGUAAAUCGACACUUUCAUCACUGGUACCACUGUUUAUAGAGGUGUUGGUACUCCAUUCAACCGAUGAUUACCCUUCUAUAGCUGAAUUGGCACAAUCCUAUCUAUCGAUACUGUCAAAGGAUCCAAUGGUAGAUGAUAUUAUAAUCGAAAACUUUAAUCAUCUUUUCCAAUCACUUCCUCGGUUAUUCCAACCAGAAGAUCAAACACCACUGGAACUACAAGAAGAUAAAAAAGAAAUUAUCACUCAACUAGCUUUAUCCUAUCUAAAAAUGGUACCAAAUGAUACUAUUGAAUCAUUUACAACAUUGAGAAUUGAAAUGGUUGUUUCUACUUUUAUUCAAUUAUUGGAAAUAUAUACUCCCCCUCCAAUUAAUAAUAAUAAUAAUAAUAAUAAUAAUAAUAAUAAUAAUAAUAAUAAUAAUAAUAAUAAUAAUAAUAACAAAACAACUCCAUCUCAAACUUUAGAAGAAUCACUUAAAUUUAUUACUGAUAAUCCUUUGGAUAAAAAUAAUAAAAAGAAAUUAGGAAUUUAUGUUGGUAGUAAUCAAACAAGUAAACCAUUUUUAUAUUUUACAAGUGGAAAGGUUGAAAAUAAUAUAUACAAUAUGCUACACUUUCUUGGAAGAUAUGUUAAUCUAAUGGAUUGGAUUGAUCAUGUACUUUCAAUGACUCGUCUCGAUCAUUCACCACGAUCAAAAGAAAUUCUUCUCAUGUUUAACCAUCUCUUUAAAGGAGCUACCAAUAAUAGUUCAGUGGAUUUCUCAGGGUUAAUGUAUAUUUUGGAUGAAUACCUUUCACCAACUCUCCUAAAUCUCCCCAUUUCAAAACAAGAUCAAGAUCCAACUCUUGUUUCAAUCACCACCACCGAUAAUCAUCAAAUUGAAAGAUACCAAAAUAAUAUAAUGAUUCAAUCUUUAAUUAUUGAUGGUAUAGGUUCGAUUGGUUCUUUAUUACCAAAAAAUAGAAAAGUAAUUUAUACAUUGUUGGAGAAAUUUGGAUCAUCAUCAAUGGAUUCAAGUGGAUUGAUAUUACAAUCAAGUAAAAAUACUUUGAACCAACUAUCACAAUUAUUUAAUUAUAAUUCUCUUGAAGAUAUUGUUUAUAAUAAUUCAGAUUAUUUAUUAGGAACUAUUGAAAAUAAUAUGAAAUAUUUAAAAGAAUUUCCAAAUACACCAAAUGUAUUUAAUGGUAUUUUGAAUAUAACUGGAUUAGGGUUUUUACCAUUUUUAAAGGAUACUGUAGACAUGAUAUUAUUUGCAUUGGAUGUUGCAACGGAAAAUUCAGACAAUAUAGUCAUCUUUAUUAAAAUAUUGUAUAAUAUCAUAAAGGUAUUAUAUGAUAACGCUAAAUUGGAAUUAAGUGAUAAAGAAAACAAGGCAAAACAAAAGGAACAAGAUGAAAUAGAAAAACAAAAGAAUUUAACAUUAAAAGAGGAGGAACAAGAAGAAAAAGAGAAUAGAUUGGAAAAAGAUUCAAAGAGUAUUGGUGACAUUAAAUCAUACUUUAUAAAACAUCAUCAAGAAAAAGUAAUUGAUGAAAAAUUAAAAGAUCUUGGUAUAGACCUUAGAAAUCAACAUCAACUACAAUCUUUAAAUAAUAAUAAUAAUAAUAAUAAUCAAAACGAUGAUAGUGGUGAUGAUCAAAAGAAAAAACAACAACAACAACAAAAACAAUAUAAACCAACAACAGAAAGAGAAAGAUUAUUGAUUAGUGAUAUUAUGAAAAAAUGUAAACAUUUUCUAGGAUCAAGAAACAAAUUUAUUAAAAUGAAUAUUAUGGAUAUUAUGGAAAUGGGUAUGGUCAUUGUUUGGACUGGAAAUAGAAAAUUUGGUAGUGAAGAAAUUGAAGAAGAAGAGGAGGAGGAGGAGGAGGAAAAGGAAGGCGAAAAAGAAGGAUUAAAGAAACCAAAUCGAUUUGUAAUGGCAGAGAAUGCAACUAAACAACCUAAAGUGGCUCUAUUCCCAUUGAUACAUAUGAUAUGGGACUCGAUUGUCAAAAGAAUCAAAGAGAAUGAUAGAGUAGUUAGAAAGAGAGCUCUUGAACUAGUUCAAUCUAUUUCCAACUUUGCCAAAGAUUUCAUCAGUCAAAGAUUUUGGACUGAAUUAUUCCCAGUACUUCAAUUAAUCAUUUCACAAGAAUUAUCUUUAAAUCAUUUUAAUUUGAUAAAUCAAAAUAAUAUUAAUAUUAAUAAUAAUAAUAAUAAUAAUAAUAAUAACAAAAUAUCAUUAAAUAUAAUUCAAGAUAAUUUAAAUCAAAAACAUCAACAAAAUCAACAAAAUACUACAACUACUUCAUCUAAAAUUCAAUUACCAUUAAUUAGUAAUAUAGAACAAAAUCAACAAAAGAAUAUUAAAUUUUCAGCACCUUACAAGAUACAAAAAAUAAUCUUGGAUACUUUUAGAAUCGUAUUGUCAAGUGUACACAUUGACAGUACCCAAAUUGCCCAAAUCGCCAAGUUGACACUGCCAUACCUGUCAUUUAGACAACCCGAAGAAUUCCAAGUCAUGGCAAUGGAGAUUUGGAGGUAUCUGAUUGACAAGGAUCAAGACACUCUCUGGCUACUUUUAUUUGAUCUGUCCAAUCAUCCCAUUCCUGCACCACCACCAGCCAAUCCUAUUUUCAUUCCUCUUGACGCAUCUAAACUUCACAGUCAUAGUCACAAGUUUGCAGACUAUCGAUCAAAUGCAAAUGUGCUCUAUACCUAUUUAUUAAAUAUAUCUCCUGUCACUCUCUGA